AUGCGCAAAAAUAAAAUAAAAAUGCACGGAAGUGUUAAAGACACGAAUUCUGUGAGUAGAGGCGUUGCUAAAUUCACCAKCAGAUUGUCAGAACGGAACUGUAUAGAAAUUGUCACAAAACUGAUUGCAGAAAAGCAGCUGGAAGUAGUGCACACUCUUGAUGGCAAGGAGUAUGUCACUCCAGCACAGAUCACYAAGGAGAUCCACGAUGAGCUUCAAGUUUGUGGUGGUCGAGUUAACAUUGUCGACUUACAACAGGUAAUAAAUGUGGACCUUCUACACAUUGAAAACAGAGCUAAUGACAUUGUUAAAUCUGAGAAAGGUAUUCAGCUUGUACUGGGACAGCUUAUAAAUGAGAGUUACCUGGAUCACUUAGCAGAAGAAGUAAAUGAUAAACUACAGGAAACGGGUCAGGUGACAAUAUCRGAGCUCUGCAAGGCAUACGACCUUCCAGGAGACUUCCUGAUACAGGCAUUAUCCAGGCGUUUGGGCAAAAUUAUUCAUGGACAGCUAGACCAGGAAAACCGUGGGGUGAUUUUUACCGAAGCCUUUGUGUCCCGCCAUCGAGCACGCAUUCGUGGACUCUUCACUGCAAUUACUCGGCCUACAUCUGUAAGUAACUUGAUCACUCGGUAUGGAUUUCAAGAACAUUUACUUUACUCUUUGCUAGAAGAACUUGUUAACGCUGGUCGUCUAAAAGGCACCGUGGUUGGUGGGAGACAGGAUAAGGCUGUAUUUAUUCCAGACAUCUAUUCCAGAACACAGAACAACUGGGUGGAUUCCUUUUUCAAGCAAAAUGGUUAUUUAGAAUUUGAUGCAUUGUCCAGACUUGGCAUUCCUGACCCAGCAGGCUACAUUAAAAAAAGGUACAAGUCUACACAACUCUUAUUUCUGAGAGCAGCUUGUGUUGGUCAAGAAAUCGUGGCUCAAGUUGAAGCCUCUGUAGAGGAAGCCAUCAGCUCUGGAACCUGGAUAGAUGUAGCAACUCUUCUGCCCAGCUCGUUGUCAAUAGAGGAUGUUGGGAUUUUGCUUCAGCAAGUGAUGAGGUCUUUAAACAAAAGCUCUUCGGGUUUAGUCUUCAAUGACACCAUUGCAGUCAGUGAGAAAUUUCUAAGCAGCUGUGCUGACCUCUUUUCUGAUCUGAUGCAACAGAAAGCUGAAAAGGAAAUUAAAAACAACCCUGUUAAUUUAAUCACUGAAGAAGAUUUAAAACAGGCUUCUUGUUUAGAGAACUCAUAUGCUAAUAAAAAAGACAAAAAGGAUGAAAGAAGAAAGAAAGCAACAGAGGGCAGUGGAAGCGUGAGAGGAGGAGGCGGUGGGAAUGCCAGAGAGAUAAAGGUUAAAAAAGCUAAGAAGAAAGGAAGAAAGGAUGCUGACAGCGACGAAGAGUCACAAGGGUCUGCCACAGGUAGGAAUAAGAAGCCGGAGUUCCCUUUCAUGUCACAAGAGGAAAUUGAGGAUGUUUUAAAGACCCGCAUGCAUGAUUGUCCUGAAGAGCUUAUUACAGAAAUUGCUGAACAUCUAAGAAGACCUUUAACAAAAACUUAUCAGGAAGUUGUGCGUUCUGUUUUUACGUCUUCAACAUCUUCCUCUGGAGCAAACAGAAGACAGGCUAUGAAGGACUUGCAGGAGGAAUUCUCAAACUUGUACAACAACAUUCGGUUAUUUGAAAAGGGAACAAAGCAUUUCACAGAUGAUACUCAGACUAACCUUGCCAAACACCUGUUGAAGACUCUGUGUACAGACAUUACAAAUCUGGUUUUCAACUUCUUGGCAUCCGAGUCAAUGAUGACAACAGAAAAUUACUCUACAAUCACAAGUGAGGGCAGAAUCAAGAUUUUAGGUAAACUGCCAGAAGAUACCAAAGGUCCUUUAACUAAACUCCAUACUUCUCUGAAUGGCAAGAGUAUAGAAGAUUUUCUUUCGUGCCUUGAUUCUGCAGUGGAUAUUUGUGGUAUUAUGGUGAAAAAAGGAGACAAAAAGAAGGAAAGGCAAGUCCUGUUUCAGCAUAGACAAGCUCUUAUUGAACAGCUCAAAGUCACAGAAGAUCCAGCUCUUGUUCUGCACCUGACAUCAGUACUGUUAUUUCAGUUUGCAACUCAUUGCAUGCUUCAUGCACCAGGAAGAUCAGUACCACAGAUCAUUAAUUUCCUAAGUGGCAAGAUCCCAGAGGAUCAGCAAUCUCUGUUAGUCAAAUACCACGGAUUAGUGGUGAAACAGUUGACCAGCCAGACUAAGAAAACUGAACACGGAGACAGUGACACAAAAGAUAACAUGGAAGAGGAGGAAGGAGCAGAAAGCAUUCGAAAAGAGCUCCAGGAAAUCACUACCUCUAUCAAAGAUCUUGUUCUAAGACCUAGGAAGUUUUCUGUAACAGAGGAAUAAAACUGUUAUUCAGCUUAUCCACCUCCA